AUGGAUGUGAUGCACAUACUGGAGCUGAACAAGAAGCCGGGGGACAGGCCUGUUGACCUCAUCAUCAGCGCAGACACAGUGGUGGAGGCGGGCGGCAGGAUACUGGAGAAGCCGGACGACGCGGCACACGCAAAGCUCAUGCUGCAGAGCCUGAGCGGCACCCUCCACCACGUGCACACGGGGGUGGUGCUGGUGGUGCCCCAGCUGGGCCCCGCGGCGCGCGUCCCCCCCGGCUCCCAGGACAGCCUGGAGGAGGGCUGGCUGGUGCGGUCCUUCAGCUGCAGCACGCAGGUCGAGUUCGAGCGGCUGGACAACGACACCAUUGACGCAUACGUCAAGAACGGGGAGCCGUUUGGCAAGGCGGGCGCGUACGCCAUCCAGGGCCUCGCGGGGUCCUUUGUGCGGCGCAUCGACGGCUGCUUCUACUCUGUUGUGGGGUUCCCCGUCAACGAGUUCUGCAAGCAGCUGCUGCGGCUGAUCGACGAGGGCCACCUGCCCCUGGAUGAGUGA